CCCUUUUUCCCGCUCCCGCAGAACCUUUCUGGCGCGGCGCGACGCACUACUUUUUCGUCAUUUCCGUCUAGGGUGCUGGAGGCGGGAGAGUGGGGGAAAGACUGGAAGACGAGCCUGCAGAAUGUUUCCUCAGUAGGGGAAAGAGGUUGUACAAUGGCAGUGUUUGACACUCCCGAGGAGGCUUUUGGUGUCUUACGUCCAGUCUGCGUUCAGCUCACAAAGACCCAGACAGUGGAGAACGUGGAACAUCUGCAGACACAGUUACAAGCCAUAAGUGACACUGCCCUUCAGGAACUACAGCAGUACAUUCUCUUCCCCUUGCGAUUUGCCCUGAAGACCCCAGGGCCCAAAAGAGAGCGUCUCGUACAGAGUGUGGUGGAAUGCCUCACCUUUGUCCUCUCUUCAACAUGUGUGAGAGAGCAGGAGCUUCUCCAGGAACUCUUCUCAGAACUUUCAGCUUGUCUGUACUCUCCCAACUCCCAGAAACCCGCAGCUUUGUCAGAGGAGUUAAAAUUGGCUGUGAUCCAGGGACUUAGCACCUUAAUGCACUCAGCUUACAGGGACAUCAUUCUGACUUUUUAUGAGCCCUCCAUUCUGCCUCGUUUAGGAUUUGCUGUGUCUUUACUGUUGGGCCUGGCAGAGCAGGAGAAGUCAAAACAGAUUAAAAUUGCUGCCUUACAGUGUCUACAGGUUCUCCUCCUUCAAUGUGAUUGUCAGGACCAUCCAAGGCCUUUGGAUGAACUGGAGCAGCAACAGCUGGGGGACUUGUUGGCAUCUUUCUUACCUGGAAUCUCAACUGCACUGACCAGAGUCAUCACAGGAGACUUUAAACAAGGUCAUAGCAUUGUCGUGUCUUCCCUAAAGGUCUUCUACAAAACCGUGGGCUUCAUCAUGGCUGAUGAACAGCUCACAAGGAUCCCAAAGGUGCGAGCAAAGCCCGCAGUUGAGCACAAAGUAGCAGCCCUGAUGAUUCACAGAGAAGCAGACUGGGUAAAAAGUACUGGUGGCAAGUUGGCAAUCCUUAUUAAAAAGAUAAUUGACUGUGUCUCUGUUCAUCCACACUGGAAGGUGAGGCUGGAACUGGUAGAGUUUGUGGAGGUCCUGCUUUUUAAGUGCAGUCAGUCCCUGGUUGAAUCCACAGGUCCCCUCUUGAAGGUGUUAGUUGGCCUGGUGAAUGAUGAAAGUUCUGAAGUGCAGGCCCAGUGCAAUACAGUGCUAAGGCGUCUUGCAGAUCAGAAGGUAGUAGUGGGCAGCAGAGCCUUGGCUGAUAUCUUGUCAGAAAGCCUGCAUUCAUUGGCCACAUCUCUUCCCCGCCUGAUGAACACACAAGAUGAUCAGGGCAAGUUCUCUACCCUUUCCCUGUUACUUGGGUAUCUGAAACUGUUGGGCCCCAAAGUACAUGUAAUUCUCAAUUCUGUGGCCCAUGUGCAGCGCCUUUCCAGGGCACUCAUCCAAGUAUUGGAGCUAGAGGUGGCUGAUGUCAAAAUGGUGGAAGAGCGGCGAUGGAAUUCUGACAACCUCAGUGCUUCUGCAGAGGCCUCAGCUGCACGGCCAUGGAGCAGAGUCCAGAGGCGAUAUUUCCGAUGCUUUACUGACGAGAGGGUCUUCCUGCUCCUUCGAAAGAUCUGUCAGCUUCUGGGUUAUUAUGGGGACCUGUAUUUGCUUGUGGAUCACUUUAUGGAACUGUAUCAUACAUCUAUAGUUUAUCGGAAGCAAGCUGCCAUGAUCCUUAAUGAACUGGUUGUAGGGGCUGCUGGACUGGAUGUGGAAGAUAUUCAUUAUGAAUGUGCAAGCACGAGCCCAGAGGAAUUGAGAGAGAUUGUGAAAUCUAUACUAGAGGAAUACACGAGCCAAGAAAACUGGUACUUGAUUACCUGUAUUGAAGCUGAGGAGGAGGAGGAGGUGAUGAUGAAGCAGCAAGGCCUCCAGGCUGUCACAUCUGGUGUCCACACCUGCCAAGUUGUAUCCUUUCCAGCCCUGUCAAAGCCGAGUCCCACUAUCUGCUCCAUGAACAGUAACAUCUGGCAGAUAUGCAUUCAGUUGGAAGGGAUUGGCCAGUUUGCUUAUGCACUAGGAAAAGACUUUCGUUUGCUUUUGAUGUCAGCUCUCUAUCCAGUACUAGAGAAGGCUGGAGACCAAACCUUGCUCAUUAGUCAAGUGGCUGCUAGCACCAUGGUAGAUAUUUGCCAUGCUUGUGGCUAUAACUCUGUACAGCACCUGAUCAAUCAAAAUUCAGACUAUUUGGUGAAUGGAAUCUCUUUAAAUCUGCGUCACCUUGCUCUACACCCACAUACCCCAAAAGUCCUGGAAGUCAUGCUUCGGAACUCAGAUGCUAGCCUCCUUCCUUUGGUAGCAGAUGUGGUUCAAGAUGUCUUGGCCACCCUGGACCAAUUUUAUGAUAAGAGAGCUGCAUCCUUUGUCAGCGUUCUGCACGCUCUACUGGCAGCAUUGGCACAUUGGUUCCCAGACUCGGGUUCUACUGGGCAACUCCAACAGCACAGUUUAGAAGAAGUGGCGAGGCAAACGCCAGCAGCUAGCAAGGCUAGCCCCACAGCUGAGGACAUCGAGCGGUUUGUGCUGAGCUAUCUCCAGGAGAAGGAUAUGGCAGAGGGGAAUGUUUCUGAUCUUGAAGCUGAAGAAGGACACACACUCCAGGGUUUCAUGAUCAGUGUUGGAGUGGCAGCUGCCAAGCGUCCAUCUCAAGUGUGAAGUUGAGGUUGCCUCUAGCCUUGCUGUGGUGAAGAGUGUGGCAAGGGGUGAUUCUGUGUGUGAGCUUUCCCACCUACAUGCAUCUCCAAAACCCUACAAGUGGGGUUUCUUGGUCCAAGGUAAGAACAACAUUUGAUGCUGACCAGAUUGCCUUCCAGACAGUUAGAUCAGUCUACACCUUCCUAACAGUGGCAGGGGUGCAGAAAUUACUUGGUUCACUUCUUUCUAUUUUGACAAGUUAAGAAUGGCUUGUUAUUGCAUUUUGCAUGCCUUUGAUUAAAGCCCAAGUUGGACAUGUUUCUUUAUGCUUCUUCCUGUUAUUCCUUCCCCCCAGUUCCACUGUCUAUUCAUAAGCUUCAUCUUUAUUGGUAGAGAAAGAUUGCAGUGUUUUUCUUGCUUAUUUAUAUGAGAGGAGGGAAAAAGAGAGUUCAAGCCAGUAUCAGCUCUGGCCUCUUGUUUUAUUCACAAACUCAAUCUGGAGCUUCAGGUCACGGAAGGAUUAAUAAAUUAUUAGAAUCGCCUCUGCAAAUAUAAAAUGCCAAGUCAUAAUGAGCUUGGUGGUCUCAGGACUGUCCUAAAUCGAACUGAGUCCCAAAUUAGUUUGUUAGGUUGGAAGUGAGCAGAUUUCUUUUUUUCUUUUUCAUUUUCCCAUCUGUGCUCUGAUUCUAGUAAGUUGGAGCCAACACAUUCAUCCAGGAUAACAGGAGAGUUUAGUGCCCAGGAUAACAGGAGAGCACAGCUUGCCACAGUGAAUGCAACAGAGCAGUGGAAACAGCACAGGUCCAAACAAGGCUCAUGCAGAGCGGAGCUGGUAUGGCCCCUAUGACAGAGUGCUUGCUCUGUUGUAGCCUGCCAGGCUCCGUUUCUUUGCUGAGCCAACCCAAACCUUUCUAUGAACCACACUCAGACCUCACAUAAACCUGCAGUUGUGAAGAGGGGGUGACAGGGUCUGUCAUGAUCAAAGUUGUCCUUCUAGUCCAAAAUUCAAGUUCCAUCAAUAAAUCUGUUCUUCCGUGACUAAGUACUCUGGUUCUUGGGCUGGUAAGAUAAUUCAGUCAGUAAAAUGCUUGCUGUGCAAGCAUAAGGACCUAGGUUUGAUCCUCAGAAUUCACGUAAAAAGCCUGGCAUGAGCUUGUAAUCCCAGUACUUAGGAUGUGAAGGCAGGCAGGUCCCUGGGCUCUCUGGCCAGCUAACCUAGUCUAUUCAGCAAGACCAAAUGAGAAAUACUGUUUCAAAAAACAGGGUAGAUAACUUUUGAGAAACAAAGCCCAAGUUUGACUUCCAGCCUUUACAUACAUGCAUGUGCACACGCGUGCGCGCACAUAAACACACACACAAUCACACAAAGAUCUGGUUCUAAUGGAUAGUUCUGGGAUCAGUUGGAAUGAAUCAAACCUUCCUCCAGAAACAGAAGCUCACGUCCCUGAAACAGCACUCCACAUCAGGCAAAUUUCAAACAGCAAUCUCCUCUAUCCCACUCCUCCGAAGAAGAGCAGGCUAGCCCUGUCACUCUUGAAAUUCCCAGUCUUCAUGAGUGUUUGAUUUCCUUGAUUUCAUCUUCUCAGCUUCUAUGAAGACUGGUACAGGCUGUAUUAUAAGUUUCAGGUUUUCCAACAGAGGAAUCUGAACCCAGAAAAAGUUAUGGACGCAGUGCCCAGCCCAGUGGGAAUGCUUACAGCUGCUGAUGGGACAGUGGAACAGGCUGGGGGCUCUAAG